AGGCUGGAGGACAAUAUCUGUCAAGACCUGCUUUGAUUGCAUUGGUGGCGAUGGGGUGCGCCGCCAUUGUGUCGGCCUUCGCAUCGUCAAUUGGACUGACAUCAGCACUGACGUUUGUCACAAACCUGUCCUUCUUGAAGUUGAUCGUCACCAUCACGAAGUACAUCCCGCAAGCGCUGCACAAUUUCAGGCGGAAGAGCACUGUGGGAUGGAGCAUCCACAACAUUUUGCUGGACUUUACUGGGGGAGUGCUAAGCAUAUUUCAAAUGAUGCUUAUAGCCUUUAAUCUAGAUGAUCUAACUGGGUUUUUUGGCAACCCAGCUAAGUUUGCAUUAGGACUAAUCUCCAUAGCAUUCGACGUCCUGUUCAUGACUCAACACUACAUACUUUACAAGGACAGAUACGGUAGUGGUGAUGGGUACUCUGCAGUGGAUACUGCAUCAGACUAUAAAGCUUAGUUUGUAAGCUAAUACAUGAGAAGUAGCUAACAAUAAAAUUUAGCAAUGAUAUUCC